ACUCCCGCACCGCCCCGGUCCCGCCUCCCUCCCGCCGGGCGCACGCGCGGUUCCUCCCGCCGCCGCGGGCCGGGAAGCGGCAGUUCCCGCAGCAGCCGCCGCCGGGACUCGGGUCCCCCAGAAGAAGAUGGUGUGAAGCUGCCACUUGCAGCGUGCCCAGACCUCAGGGAGGAGCAUGGCAGCAGCUCAGGAAGCAGGAAGCAGUUCAGCCGGGCCAUCCGGACUCCCCGGUUCUGCCCCAGGACACAGCAGCAAUUCCCCAGUGGUGGCAGUGUGGGAAUGGCAGGAUGAGUUUGGCAGGUGGAGGCCGUACCGAGGGAAUGUCUGCAGCUACAUUGAACAGGUUUUUCAGGCCUCUCAGCAGAAGGGCCGGCGCUCGGGAUCGGGGCUUGUCAGCAGCAUCCCUUUGGGACAUGCGGAUCCUGUCUUGGCCCCCUACGUCAUCGACAUCCCAAGCUUGACACAGUUCCGGCAGGACACAGGGACGAUGCGGGCCGUCCGCAGGCACCUCUUCCCUGGGGACUCUGCUGCCGGGCAGGGCAUCGUCUGGGAGUGGCAGAACGAUGAAGGCGGGUGGUCCCCCUACGAGAUGAAGGUCUGUGUGCUCCUGGAGGAGGCCCGUGCCAAGAACCACCAGCAAGUAGAUCUCAAAUCCUUGGGCUACAACUACAUAGUUGACGUUGUGGCUCAAGUCCAGACCAACAAGAACACGAGCUUCCGCCGCAGCGUUCAGAGGCGCUUGGACACCCCGUACCCGAUGACAACCUCCCCAACACCCCUUCACACAGGGGUGGCUUGUUCCUGCCAGCAGUGCUGGCUAAACAGUGGGACUGGUCCCAUCACCACACGCUACCGCCACUCCAUGAUAAACGUUCCCAACUCUUCUGCUACUCAUCAGGGUAGGACAGCAUCAGUAAGCUCUUCCAGCGUCGGCUUCGUGCCCUAUAACAAACCGGCUUUGUCUGGAGCAAGGUCAACACCAAGACUCAAUGCACAGAGCACCUGGGCUUUGCCUCAAGCUGGGGGCCCCAGCACAGGACUGUCUUCAUCUAAUGGAGUCAGUGCCCCAGCCCUGCCUGUCAAGAUGCCCAAACCCAGCAAGGUGAACCAGGCCCUGGCAGGCAUGACGGCUAUUCUGAUGUCAGCCGCUGGACUCCCCGUGCACCUCACCUGUGUGCCACAAGCUGCCAGCACCCAUAAAGCCACUAAAAAACACAGCUCAGUUAAGGAGGGGAGGAAAGUGUCCAAGAAAGCGACACCAACGGAGCCAGAAGCAGUGGUGAAGAAGUACCUGGAAGAGCUGAAGGGCUCUCCUGCUGACGAGGACUGCAUCAUCUGCAUGGAGAAGCUGUCCUCCCCCUCAGGUUACGCCGAUGCAUGCGAGUGCAGCACGAUCAAGCCAGAGACUGUUGGUCACCUGACAGGCUGCCAGCACUCCUUCCACAUGCUCUGCAUGCUGGCCAUGUAUUCCAAUGGGAACAAGGACGGCAGCUUGCAGUGCCCCUCUUGUAAAACCAUCUACGGGGAGAAAACCGGUACUCAGCCCAAAGGGAAGAUGGAGGUCUCCACUUUCCCCCAGUCCCUCCCUGGCCACAGGGACUGUGGGACAAUCCAGAUUGUGUAUCACAUCAGCAGAGGCAUUCAGGGCCCUGAGCACCCCAACCCUGGGAUGCCGUACACAGCAAGAGGCUUUCCUCGCUACUGUUACCUGCCAGACAACGAGAAGGGCAGAAAGGUCCUGGAGCUCCUGAGGGUGGCCUGGAAAAGACGCCUCAUUUUCACAGUGGGCACCUCCAGCACCACCGGCGAGAGCAACACAGUGGUGUGGAACGAGAUCCACCACAAGACUGAGAUGGACACAAACCUGAGUGGCCACGGCUACCCAGACCCCAACUACCUGGACAACGUGCUGGCAGAGCUGGCUGCGCAAGGGGUCACUGAGGACUGCCUGAGACAAUGAGCUGGGGGGGCCUGGCUGUGCCGUGCAUGCCUUGGGGGCCCACCUAGUGCACUUAUUCCUGUUGCCUUAAGUUCCUGCCCGUCACACUGAGCAAUAACUGCACUGUGGGAGCUCUGCCUGCUCCCGCAGUCUCCUUUUGGGCUGAGGGAAGGAUAUUUUUGUAGAAACUGCACUUGUGUCUCUGCGUGGGGUUGAUGGUCACAGCCAGGAUGCGCUGGGGCAGUGGGCAUGAGGUGACAGAUCCCCUUGCGAAGGCAGGACCUUGCCCUGGUGAUGUCUGGGGACGCAGGAUGGGGAUAGGGGAGCAUCUUGCUCCCACUAGACCACCUGGAAAGCAAAUAAGGGGCUUCCUCUCACACUGCAGCUCCCUGUCUCUGGGGCACCUCUGAGAGUGAAGCCUCCUGCCCCUGUACCUGCUCGGUUGUAAUAAACACUUCAUUUCCACAG